AUGAAAAUAUAUAUUGAAUUUUGUACAAUAUUAAUUUUAAAUGUUACAAAUUUAAUUCUGUUUCUUCAAUUUAAUAUCGUUAAUUCCGAAUCCUCAGAACCAAAUGUAGAAAAAAAAUUAGUAGGUCAGAAAAGUUCUAAUCAGAAUAUUGAAUCUGAAGAACCUAAGGAUGUAGUGUCAGAAAAAAUAGAUAAAAGCAGUUCAGAGCUAUUUUCAGUAGAGUAUUCUGGGAUUAAAGAAAAAUUACCAAAGCCACCCAAACGAAAUAUAAGUUCUAAAGAAGAGGAAUUUGUUAUUUUAGAGAAACAGUUAGAAACGAAUUUAUCUAAAGAAAUUGUAAAUGUAAUUAUAAUGGAAUUUGAAUUUUUAGUUUUUAACUCAUAUUACCUUUUUUUAACUAAAUUUUGGCAAGACCUGAGAUCAAAUUUCGAUAAUUCUAAAUUGGUUAUAGGGCUAGUUAAUUAUUGGCAGGGGAAAGAAUCAAAGGAUUUGCAUUUGAGCUUAAUUUCUUUUUUUUAUAAGACAAACAUAAAUCGACUCAAGCUUCUUUUAUAUUCUUCUUACAAUAAAAAAGAAAAAACAAGAAAAGAACUAAUUAAAAAUUUUUUAGCUAGUACUCACAUGCUUUCAUGCCUGGACCCAAAGAAAAGUUUGGCAAUAACAAUAUUAAUUUUUCAGAACAAAUUAAUCUAUAUUUAUUCAUCUUAUUUACUAUAUUUGCUUUCUUGUUCUUAUCAAGAUUUGAGUGGAAUGGAAUUUAAUGAGAGUUUAAAAUUAAUUAUAUAUAACGAAGAUUCAGUUGGGGACAAGAUUGUCUCAAUUGCUGGUGAUAAUAUUGGAAUCUUUUUAAAGUGUUUAAGAAAGGAACUGGGUGUUUCAAGCAGAAGAUUGCCAUAUAAUUAUGAAAUAAAAAUUCAAUAUCCAUUAAAUAUGGAGAAAAUUGACUUUGAGACUUUUGGGUUAAAUUUAUGUCUUUCUUUUCUAGAACUAUCUAUUUUAAGGAAUGUAGAGUUUGAAUUAAAUUAUCUUAUUCUAUUUUUUGGGUCAAGAUUUUCAAAACCUGAAGAAGUAAUAAUGGCUAGAGAUAUAUUUAAAUUGAUUACUAGUUCAGAAAUAACUGUAUCUGAAAUAACAGCUUUAUUAUUAUAUAAUGAAUCGACAUUUAUUUCUUUAAAAUCGAAAAUAUUUUCACUUCAUAACGUUAAUAUUAGUAGUUUAAAAAAUAGAUUCAGCGAAUGUAUAGAAAAAAUUAAUUUAUAUCAAGAAUUAAAUGGAAUUAGAUUUUUAACAGACUUUCAGGAAAGGUCAGCUAAACGCAACAAUCGAAAUGAGAGGUAUAAAAACAGAAUUAGGUCAAAAUAUUCCUUUAUGUUAUAA